ACAGCUGACGCCACAAUAAAUUCUUGCACAUUGUUGUGCUAAUCUCAAUCGCUCAAGUGUCUUUCUUCCGCUCCGAACAGCUCCAUUUCCUCCUCUGCUUCGUUCUCCUCAGGCUCUCUGCCACAGAUUCCUUCCUGGGAAAAGGCCUGCAACAUCUCCCAUGGGGUCUGAAAUGGUUAUGGUGGACGAAUUCCCUUUCCCUUCGCAGAUCACCACUACCAAGCCUCUCUCACUGCUGGGUCAUGGAAUCACGGAUAUGGAGAUACAUUUCCUACAAAUCAAAUUCACUGCUAUUGGAGUGUACUUGGAUCCUGAAAUUGUCGGACAUCUAAAGCAAUGGAAGGGAAAGCCAGGAAACGUGUUGGCCGAGGAUGACGACUUCUUCGAUGCUGUAGCUUCUGCCCCUGUGGAGAAAUUCUUCAGAAUUGUCGUGAUCAAAGAGAUCAAAGGCUCUCAGUAUGGGGGACUUUUGGAGGGUGCCGUCAGGGACAGGCUCGCGGCUGAAGACAAGUACGAGGAGGAGGAGGAAGCGGCCCUCGAGAAAGUAGUCGAGUUCUUCCAGUCCAAGUACUGCAAGAGUAAAUCGGUCAUCACAUUCCACUUCCCAGCAACUUCCAAUACUGCUGAGAUUACCUUCAGCACCGAAGGGAAGGAGGACUCGAAGAUGGUGGUGGAUAACGGGAACGUGGUCCACAUGAUCAAGAAGUGGUACUUGGGAGGGACCAGAGGAGUGUCUGAGACCACCAUCACCAGUCUUGCCAACACCCUCUCAGAGAAGUUGUCCAAAUGAGAGAGAGAGAGAGAGAGAGAGAGAGAGAGAGAGAGAGAGAGAGAGGGUGAUAUUUGCUGGGUUUGUAUUAGCAAUGGGUUUAUGUAAUAAGUGACUAUGCUCCUGCUGAAAAACUGAAGUGAUACUUCAAGUUCGAAUCGUGCCAUCUUUGUUUCCCCUGUUUUUGCCUUGGCCUACAUUCGCUUUAGGCCAGUUCAGCUCAUAUUGCUCCUUCUUUGGAAGCUUGGAAA